AUGUCGAUUGCUGCACCAUCGUCUAUUUAUGACUCGUCAGAAAGGUCAGAGAGAAGGCAAGAAUUUCUCGAAACUCGCCGCUCCAGAAAUGACUGUGAAUCCCCCUCACAACGCCAGGAAACAGAACCCGAAUCGGCGUUCACGCAGGAUGUCGAGCUUUCAGAUGCCAAAAAGCCGAAGCUCUUCCAUAUCGACGACUCACACGGUCUACAAGCGGCAAUCAAACAUAAAAGGACCAUCCCUUUAUACAUCGGCUUAACAACUGGAUUUUGCGGCAGUCUCACGUCUUUCUCCGCUUUCAUUCGUGAAGUAUUCCUGGCUCUUUCUAACGACAUCUCUGUGCCUCUUGGAUCUUAUUCUGAUGUUUCAUUAUUUGCCCUAGCUCCAGCCGAGGCUAAAGCUCCCAGCGGAGGCUUCAGCUUCAUGGCCCUGGUCGCUGUGCUGUUCACUGAGAUUGGGCUGUCACUUUUUGGUCUCUUUCUAGGUGCACAUUUUGCUAUCGGUACAUCUGCUUGCAUGUCAACUCUCCCUGACCGCUGGCUCCACAAGUUCAUGGAGCCCGCUUUUUUUAUCCUGGGCAUUCUAUCAUGGAUUGCUGUGGUUUGUCUUGCAGCACUAUUGCCAAGAGAUACACAGAGUACUACGCUAUGA